GCCGUUCGGUCCACUCGACGACAUUCUUGUACACCCUAAACCAAGCGCACAGUGACUUGUUUGGCUGGAGCAGUUGUUUCGCGCUUAAUCGAACUCCCAAACUCCGCAGGAAUCUUCAGCAAGGACCUUCGGAUGCUUCAACGGCAAGAGUAUCCCCAUGCCAAGCUGUUGCGUGCCUGGUUGCAAGUCGCGAGGUGGAAGGGAAGGAUCCGGCCUGACUUUUCACUUAUUUCCUGCAUCGUCUAGCCGCCGGAGACAGUGGGCAGAGAUUAUCCGGGGCCCUGAUGUUCGGUGGGAGCCCAGGAGAUACAAUGCUGUGUGCUCAAAGCAUUUCCAGCGCAAGGACUUCGACCUGACAUCACCGCUUCGGGUUCGCCUGUGGCAGCACGCAGUCCCUACCAUUGCUGUGCUGAAUCCUCCACCAUCCGACGAGGUUGUGGGACAGGUGACGGCACCUGUAUCGCACACAGCCAUUGAACACUCUUACUGUAAUCCUGAUGACUCACUGCUCUCAUUGGGGGAGAGCACAGACUCAGCUGAUGAGAGCAUACCCGAGGAAGUUGGGCUGGACAGUCCCUCACCUAUUGCGGACUGUACUCCAGUCUCACCACUCCCAGAGAUUGUGGAAUGCGACAGUUCGCAACAAAGCCCUGAGCAAGUUCGGCCUCUCUGCACCCUUGUCAACAUUUCAGGCAACGGAAUUGGAGAAUAUUCCAUUGAGACAAAUUCUUCAUGGGACGAGUACGUCGAACGACUCGAAACGUUCUGCACGUCCAUCAGUGUCUCGGAAGAUGACGGGAAGCGCGCAGUGUUGCUUAGCUUUUGUGGAGACGCAACUUAUCGGCUCAUCGCAAGGUUAGUCAAGCCCAACACGCCAGCAACAGUGUCCUACGAAACCAUCAAACAAGUCGUUCGUGACCACAUGCAUAACAAGCCGUCAUUGCUGCGAGCAAGGUUACUCUUCUACAGGCGAAACCAAGAACCAUGUGAAUCUCUGGCAGACUACGUAAUAGCACUUCAAAAGCUCGCAGAAGACUGCGGUUUCGGGGGAAAGGAACUUCCCUUGGACGUGAUGAUGAGAGAUCGUUUUGUGUGCGGGAUUCGAGACGAAGCUCUGCAAGAACGUCUACUUGGGGAACGUGAUCUGACUUUUCAAACUGCUUACAACAUAGCCUUCAAAGCAGAGGCAUCUCGUGAACAGGAGAUGGAAACUGUGUGGUUGUCAUGGAACAACAAUGGCAACAGAGACAACUCAUCACUUGUGUACACAUCAAAGAACAAGCAACGAAUCAUAUUACCUCCGGUUGUAAUGGCAAGUACACACGAUAAGCAGACAAAAUUAACGUGGCGUGCAGUUACUUCGAAUGAAAAAGGCGUAUUGCUAGUGAAGCCUGUUUGAACAAAGCACUAAAUUUAGAACAAAUGAAUGCAGCUCAUGACUCAUGAGCGACAUCAUCGAAUCAAGCACUUAGCGUGAAGCAGGAAAGCUUUGUAGCAUUCACAGAUAAGAACCUUUGUGACCAUUGUAUGAAUGCGUGGAAAAGAACUUGCAUGCUACUGUGUGGCUAACUGCAAUGCUACAGUGCCACUGAAAUGGCAUUGUAAAACGAAAUUGAAAGUACCUGCUGUACUGGUUUGGUGUCAUGGGUGCAUUUCUGCCAAGAGUGUGGUCGUCGUGCUAACAUCUGACUGGAGUUUUCCAGUAUGUUAUCCCUUGAAAUCUGCUGUGUAGUUUUGGGACUUGAAAACCCAUAAACUAAAAAUUAGGUGAUGAGAAUAAGUUCGAAGCCACAUUUGUAACGCACACCUAUUCUUGAGACUACUUUCGAGGUUUUGCGCAACUUGAUCGGUGGCCAUAGCACGAAGACUUAGUCUACUAAGUAUCAAGACAUUCACUUGUGUUGCUGUUUCACAAGCUGUGAAUAUAUUGGCCAGUUGUAUGCCCAUUCAGAAGCAUAUCUGCAGGAAGAUACUGUGCCUUUAAUGAAAGUGCCAGAAAUUAUUAAAAUUUCACUUGUGCUUCUGGCUAUGGUGUGUUUAUGAAUAUAUGUAAUAAUUACAAGGAAUUCUCAUCGAGUCGAUGGUGAGAUGUGGUUUAGUCUAAUGUCGUAAGACUAUUAUGCACUGUGCCUUAUCAUACAGCCAGUACAUGCAGAAUAGAGCAGAUAACAAGCCUCUGAAAAAGAACACCAGGGAAACAGCUGGUGUUGAUACACAGCAUAAGAGUUGUUCUGUGUGCCAAUUGAAUUUUAUGGUGUUACAGCAGUCCCAACAAAAGUAUUUUUCUUGCCAGCAGAAAGUUGCAUUCUGCUAUUGCAAGGUUGACCCUGACUUCAAAGUGAUUUUGCUUUUCUUUUGGCGAAAGUGGAUGCAAGCAUCAACUCUUCACUAUGUAAAAACUUUAUUCCAAAGAUCUUGCUUGGCAGUUAUGUUCACUUUAGACCCUCAUCUGUUCUGCAUUAUGGUGCAAGUGUUUGUUAGUCCUAAUUAUUAUCGGCGCUUGCAUCAAUUGAUGUGUGCCUGUUCAACCAAGGAGCCAUCUUCGGUGCUGUCCAACACAUUACCAAGUUGUGACAGCCAUGCGAGUUUUCAUGAAAAUGCUGUAAAGAAGAGCUCAUGCAAGAGAAAAGUUUGCAUAAGUAUGUACUUGUGUUUGUAUUUAAGCUUUCAUAUGGUCAUCUGUAUUUAUGGACAUUGACAUAAAGUAAUGGACUACAGUA